AUGUUGCUACGCCGCAUACGAGCUCACCAAUCUCUGAGUACAGCCCCUAUCACAGGUGGGGAGUCCACAACGAGCGAAAGUAAAGAUCUGAAGAAGGUGCCCACCACCACUACAACCCCACAGAGCCAAAACGACUACCUCCCGCGCACUCAGGCGCUUUACUCUUUACCAGCUCAUUACAGCCAAAGGUUGCGAUGGAUACGCACGCACGGAAGGCAGCCGUGGUUUGUUCGUGAAGGCACCUAUACUUCUCGCCAUUCAGGGCAAGCUGAACUACACACCGUGCGACCACCGCGAUCGGAAGGCCGCAGUUUGCAGGAUUGGUGCAGUCAGCUCAGUGAGGACGCCCCCUGGUUGAUAUCCGACCGACUGCAUGAAGAACUGAUGGCUUUUACUCGCACUGCGAGCACGCCCACAGAGGCCCCUCUGCGGGACUUCAACCGCUCGUUAGUGGGCUUUUACGAGGAAACCUUCGCCGCGCGUCGAGCCUCCCUCCACGAGGUCGAGCGGAGAAUGUUCAGGCGGCUGAUCGCCGGCAUCGUGCCAGUUGCUGGGACUUUCCGUGGCAGCAGCAUGGCGGAGGGAAAAGAGAAGUGGAAGAAGAAUAAAGCUAAAACGGAGGAGGAAGAGAAAGAGGAGGAGGACUCGGACGGUCUCGCGGUUACAGGCGUCCUUGAUGAUGGCCACCUCGACAGCGCGAUUCUGUGGUGCGGCGGGCGGCUGCUGCGGAGCCACACCACGGCAUCGGGCCCUGAUGACGACAGCGAUAAAACGAAAGGGGAAGAGAAGGGCAGAGGAGUGUGGGGAGAAUCCCCUGCGGGGGUCGCACUUUUAGUCAAGCCUUUUGCACAAGAAGUCUGCUCACUCAGCGCCACGACGGUUGGUGGGGUACACAACGUGGGGAUCGAUGACGACAGGUGGAGAUGGCGCACUUUGCCAAGGGGUCGAGAAUGGGAUCGCCAACGCGCGAUUCGAAACGCAGCCGGUGCCACAGCGCAGGAGGCUAUUAUCGAUCUGAAAAUUGACCCACGGUACCGUCGUCCAGGGGAGUACGUACGUUGGAGGUACAACAAGACUAAUAGGAGCAUGGAGGUGGUUCCGUGA